AGCUUCCCCAAACCCCUAUUACUGUCUUUCUUCCUCCCUCCCUCCCUCCCUCCACAAUCCAUCAUAAAUCUCAAACCCUAAUUUCUCUCAUACUCUCAUACUAAACUCCCAUGAGAACCCCAUUGAUUCUCCUUCUCUUCUCUUACUCUUCUUUUUGAAGCUGUUCCAGCUCCCAAAACCCAGUUUUUCUUUUUUGGGUCUCUUAGGGAUUGUAUAGCCUCUCCCUGCAAUGGCUCUCCCGCCCGUAGAGUGUAUGUAUGUCGUAGAAAGCAAUAUUCGAGAAUGGAAGUCCGGAAACUCCAGCUUUAGGGUUCCUCAACCUGUCCCCGUGGUUCGCUUCCUUUACGAGCUCUGCUGGACCAUGGUUCGAGGGGAUUUGCCAUUUCAGAAGUGUAAAGCAGCAUUGGAUUCAGUUGAGUUCUCGGAGAAAAUGUCUGCGGAGGAGUUAGGAUCAACUUUUGCUGAUGUUAUUACCCAAUUGGCUCAAGAUAUCACAUUAGCGGGAGAGUAUCGUGCUCGGCUUUUAAAAUUGGCUAAGUGGCUGGUUGAAUCUGCAUUUGUCCCAUUGAGGCUUUUUCAGGAGCGAUGUGAGGAAGAAUUUCUAUGGGAGGCUGAAAUGAUAAAAAUUAAGGCGCAGGAAUUAAAGAGUAAAGAGGUUAGAGUAAAUACUCGUCUUUUAUAUCAGCAAACAAAGUUUAAUCUUCUGCGGGAGGAAAGCGAGGGCUAUGCCAAAUUGGUAACACUUCUUUGCCGGGUCACCGAUGCUUCAAAUAAAAGCUUUCCAGGUUCCACAAUUGGUAUUAUAAAGUCAUUGAUUGGGCACUUUGAUCUGGAUCCAAACCGUGUUUUUGACAUUGUCUUGGAGUGUUUUGAACUGCAGCCAGAAAAUAGUGUUUUUGUGGAGCUAAUACCAAUAUUUCCUAAGUCCCAUGCUUCACAAAUCCUUGGGUUCAAAUUUCAGUAUUAUCAGCGCAUUGAAGUAAAUUCGCCAGUUCCAUUUGGACUUUAUAAGCUUACAGCGUUACUAGUGAAGGAAAAGUUUAUUGAUCUUGAUAGCAUAUAUGCACAUCUACUUCCCAAGGAGGAUGAGGCAUUUGAGCAUUAUGGUUCCUUUUCUUCCAAACGACUUGAUGAGGCUAGCAGAAUAGGUAAAAUAAAUCUUGCGGCAACUGGAAAGGACCUAAUGGAUGAUGAAAAGCAAGGAGAUGUAAGCAUUGAUCUUUUUGCUGCUAUUGACAUGGAAAGUGAGGCAGUCAAUGAAAGGUCUCCAGAACUAGAAAAUAAUCAAACACUGGGCUUGCUUACUGGAUUUCUUUCUGUGGGUGACUGGUAUCAUGCACAUGUACUGUUUGAUCGUCUAUCGCCUCUCAAUCCAGUGGAACUUCUUCCAAUUUGUAACAGCUUGUUUAGGCUCAUUGAAGAAUCAAUCUCCUCUGCAUACUCUAUUGUUCGUCAGAACCCUCAUCAGAGCUUGGGGGCUUCUGCAGGAAGCAGCAUUGAUGCUAUUGAGACUACAAAUUUGCCAGUUGGUGGUUCUUUUAUAGGUCUUCCAAGAGAACUUUUCCAGAUGCUUGCCACUGCUGGACCUUAUCUCUAUCGUGAUACAAUUCUGCUACAGAAGGUUUGCAGGGUGCUGAGAGGUUAUUAUACAUCGGCAAUUGAAUUUGUCAACAGUGUGGAAAGUGGUCAAAAUCCUGAACUUGUAAUGCCAGCUGGAAACCGAGUUCCUCAUCUUCACUUGAAGGAAGCUAGGCUGAGGAUUGAGGAAGCCUUAGGAACAUGCCUACUUCCUUCUUUACAGUUGAUACCUGCCAAUCCAGCUGUUGGUCAAGGGAUAUGGGAAGUAAUGAAUCUUCUUCCGUAUGAGGUGCGAUAUCGUUUAUAUGGUGAAUGGGAGAGAGAUGACGAGAAGAUUCCAAUGGUUUUGGCUGCAAGGCAAACGGCAAAGUUGGAUACACGGAGGAUUUUGAAGCGGUUGGCUAAGGAGAACUUGAAGCAAUUGGGUAGGAUGGUUGCAAAACUUGCGCAUGCUAAUCCGAUGACUGUCCUUCGGACAAUAGUUCACCAGAUUGAGGCAUAUAGGGAUAUGAUUACUCCUGUAGUAGACGCAUUCAAGUAUCUGACUCAGCUUGAGUAUGACAUAUUGGAAUAUGUUGUGAUUGAACGUUUGGCGCAAGGAGGGCGUGAUAAGUUGAAGGAUGAUGGCCUUAAUCUCUCAGAUUGGCUCCAAUCAUUAGCUUCAUUUUGGGGUCACCUGUGUAAGAAGUAUCCAUCUAUGGAACUAAGGGGUUUAUUUCAGUAUCUCGUCAAUCAGUUGAAAAAAGGUCAAGGAAUUGAGCUUGUUCUCCUGCAGGAACUUGUCCAACAAAUGGCUAAUGUCCAGUACACAGAAAACCUAACUGAGGAACAGUUGGAUUCUAUGGCAGGAAGUGAGACGCUUCGUUAUCAAGCAACUUCUUUCGGAGUUACUCGAAAUAACAAGGCAUUGAUCAAGUCGAGCAACAGACUGCGUGACUCAUUACUUCCCAAGGAUGAACCAAAAUUGGCGGUCCCUCUUUUGCUACUUAUUGCUCAACAUCGUUCAUUGGUUGUUAUAAAUGCAAAUGCUCCUUAUAUAAAGAUGGUCAGUGAGCAGUUUGAUAGAUGUCAUGGAACUCUCCUUCAAUAUGUGGAAUUUCUUACAACUGCAGUUACGCCUGCUUCAGCUUAUGCUCAGUUGAUUCCCUCACUCAAUGAGCUUGCCCAUCUUUAUCACCUUGAUCCUGAGGUUGCUUUCCUGAUUUAUCGGCCAAUAAUGAGGCUAUAUAAGUGUCAAGGUGGUUCUGAUAUCUUCUGGCCACUGGAUGGAAAUGAUGCAAAUGUUAUAGGCAACAGUUCUGAUCUGGAACCUGCAGAAUGUUCUGCUGAUGUCGUUUUGGAUCUUGGUUCUUUACAGAAACCUGUGAGGUGGUCAGAUCUGCUUGAUACUGUGAAGUCUAUGUUACCUCCAAAAGCUUGGAAUAGCUUGUCUCCAGAUCUCUAUACUACAUUUUGGGGUCUCACUCUCUAUGAUCUUUACGUUCCUCGAAGUAGAUAUGAAUCUGAAAUUGCUAAGCAGCAUGCUGCUCUUAAAGCUUUAGAAGAGCUAUCUGAUAACUCUAGUUCUGCAAUCAACAAAAGGAAGAAAGACAAAGAAAGAAUUCAAGAAUCUCUGGAUCGCUUGUCCAAUGAACUUGUUAAGCAUGAAGAAAAUGUUGCAUCUGUUCGUAGACGACUUUCUCGUGAAAAGGAUAAGUGGUUGAGCUCCUGUCCUGAUACUCUGAAAAUUAACAUGGAGUUCCUUCAGCGUUGUAUUUUUCCCCGCUGUACAUUCAGUAUGCCUGAUGCGGUCUACUGUGCUAUGUUUGUGCACACUCUUCAUUCCCUUGGAACGCCAUUUUUCAAUACAGUCAACCAUAUUGAUGUUUUGAUAUGUAAAACUUUGCAACCCAUGAUAUGCUGCUGUACGGAAUAUGAAGCAGGCAGGCUUGGAAGGUUCUUAUAUGAGACACUAAAGAUAGCUUAUCAUUGGAAGAGUGAUGAAUCCAUUUAUGAACGUGAAUGUGGAAAUAUGCCUGGAUUCGCUGUCUACUAUAGGUAUCCAAAUAGUCAAAGAGUAACGUACGGCCAGUUCAUCAAGGUUCAUUGGAAGUGGAGUCAAAGAAUUACACGGUUACUGAUACAAUGCUUGGAAUCUACAGAAUACAUGGAAAUUAGAAAUGCUCUUAUAAUGUUAACAAAAAUUUCCAAUGUGUUUCCCGUUACUAGAAAGAGUGGAAUCAACCUUGAGAAACGGGUAGCCAAGAUCAAAAGUGAUGAAAGAGAAGAUCUGAAGGUUUUAGCUACUGGUGUUGCUGCAGCCUUGGCUGCUAGAAAGCCUUCAUGGGUUACGGAUGAAGAAUUUGGCAUGGGUUACCUUGAAUUGAAGACACCAUCUCUUGCGUCAAAACCUUCGGCUAGUAAUUUAGCUUCUAGCCAAAAUAAUUCCAUUUUUGUUUCACAAAAUGAACCUGUUGGAGGGAAGACCAGUGCGCUACCCAUCCCAAAUUCAGAUUCUGGAAAUAUGGCCAAAGAUCAUUCAUUGAGGUCAAGAACUUCUGAUGUGAGAACGGACAAAAUAGAUGGGCUCUCUGUUCCAAAAUCUGAGCUCGGGCAUGGGAAGCAGAAAGGGAUGUCAUUGAACGGGCCAGAUUCCCAGCCACUGGUACCCUCAACUUCUGUGCAUUCGGGAUCAUUAAAAAUGGUGGAUAGUCAGAAACCAGGUGAUGACUCAACUAGGACUUUGGAUGAGGGCUCAUCAAAAGUUGUUUCAAAGACCUCUUCUGAAUCGGAGUUGAGAGGUUCAACCAAACGAUCAGGGCCUGUUACAUCUCUUAAUAAAGCACCGAAACAAGAUAUCACAAAAGAUGAAAUUAGAUCGGGAAAAGCGGCUAGCAAGAAUCCUGGGUCUUCAACGAGUGAAAGGGAGCUUCCAGUUCAUGCAACAGAUGGUGGUAGGCAUGGAGGUCCUUCUAAUUCACCUUCCAUUAUGUCAAACGGUAAUACACAAAAUUCUUUAACUAAAGGCUCCUCCUUAACAGUAAAAGCUUCAGAUGGUCACACUAUUGAAUCGAAGGCAGAGAGUGGGGUUGGAAGGACAUCUGAUGGUAGGGUGUCUUCGGUGAAGGAUGAUGGCCCUGAAGCUCUUGAUGUUUCGAGAUCCUCUUCUUCCAGACUUGGUCAUUCUCCUAGGCAUGAUAAUUCUGCCAGUGGUUCUAGAUCUAGUGAUAAGCUGCAGAAAAGAGCUAGUCCUGCAGAAGAACCAGACAGGCAAGGCAAACGCCGGAAGGGAGAUGGUGAGAUUAGGGAUGUAGAUGGGGAUUUUCGUAUCUCUGACAAAGAUAGAUCCAUGGACCCACGAUCUAUAGAUGCCGAUAAAAUAGGAAUGGAGGAACAAAGUGGUUACAGAGGUUUAGACAAACCUUUGGAUAGAACAAAAGAUAAAGUAAAUGAAAGGUAUGAUAGGGACUACAGAGACCGGGCUGAACGUCCUGAAAAGUCCCGUGGAGAUGAUCCUCAAGUAGAAAGAACAAGAGACAGAUCAAUAGAAAGAUAUGGAAGAGAGCGCUCAGUUGAGAAAGUGGAGAGAGUUUCUGAUAGGUAUCCUGAAAAGUCUAAGGAUGAGAGAAACAAAGAUGAUAGGAGCAAAUUACGAUAUAGCGAUUCAACUGUAGACAAGUCUCACACUGAUGAUCGGUUCCACGGACAGAGCUUGCCACCUCCACCACCCUUGCCGCCACACCUGGUCCCUCAAUCUGUUAAUAGUGGAAGAAGAGAAGAAGAUGCAGAUAGGAGGUUUGGAACUGCUAGACAUGCUCAAAGGCUUUCUCCUAGACAUGAAGAGAAGGAACGAAGACGAUCAGAGGAAAAUUUAAUUUCACAGGAUGAUGCAAAGCGCAGAAGAGAAGAGGAAUUUCGAGAAAGAAAGAGAGAAGAGAGAGACGUUGGGAUGUCGUUGAAGGUUGAUGACAGGGAGAGGGAGAGGGAAAAGGCAAACCUUUUGAAAGAGGACAUGGAUGCUUCAGCUGCCUCUAAGAGGCGAAAACUUAAAAGGGAGCAUCUGUCAUUAGUUGAGGCUGGUGAGUAUUCUCCUGUUGGCCCACCACCACCUCCGAUGGGUGGUGGUGUGUCUCAAUCUUAUGAUGGACGAGAAAGAGGAGACCGGAAGGGAGUAAUGAUGCAACGUCCUGGUUACCUAGAUGACCCAGGCUUGAGAAUCCACGGUAAAGAAGUGGUGAACAAGAUGACAAGACGUGAAGCUGAUCUAAUGUAUGAACGAGAAUGGGAUGACGAGAAGAGAAUGAGAGCAGAUCAGAAGAGAAGGCAUCGGAAAUAAGCUGGUCAAUCAGGUUCUCGUUACACUUGACCAUUCCUUGCCGGGUAGAACACAGCUAACAUGGUAUUUAAGCUGCCCAUAGAGAGGUGACGAGCUGUCCGAUCUUGUAAUGACCAAAUUCAUAAACGAAAAGGAAGGCAGUGUUGUAAUUUAUUGGAAAUCUCUGAGCCUGCCCAAGAGGGAAUAUAGACGGCACGCUCCUGUAAUGACGACCAAUUCAUAAUCAAACAGGACAGGACAUUGGGGGUGUUCUGCCUUGAAAACUAUUGUAAGUUGUUUAAAAUUGAGAUUAGGAUAAAGUUGUGUAUUAUAUUUUAGGCCCCCACCGAGUACAUUUGUUCUUGUAUGCCAUUGGUAGUAUGAGUUAUUCAAGAUUAGUGUGAACGUAGGGAUUUUCCCCUUUCCAUUCCUUCAUAGUGUUCCCCUGCCCUGUUUUCUACAAAAAGUUUCACCCCCAGUUUUGAGAAGAACCUCAACUGAUUCAAUUUCUAUAAAUCUGUUCAUUGUUUAUGAUA